GACUUGCCUCUCCAGAAUGACUAUGCUCCAUUUCUAGGUCUCAAAUCACAACCAUGAAUUUGAUCUUAUGGUACUUGGUUGUGGCUCUUUGGUGCUUCUGCAAAGAUGUGGAAGCCCUACUUUACCAACAAAAAUCGGAUGGUAAAAUAGCAGCAAGCAGAUCAGGCAGCUUCUCUUACGGUAGUUCAUCCUCUGGUGACUUGGACAGAAAAAAGCCACUCUUUAGCUUGGAAUUUGGUUCUCCAGGAGAAGCUGAAGACAAGUCCAGACAACGUCAGGAUGCUGGGAGUUCAAGGUCAGAAGACACCCUAGCAGGUGGCUUUUUUUACAGUAGUUCAUCCUCUGGUGACUCAGACAGGAAAAAGCCACUCUUUAGCUUAGGACUUGGUGCUGCAGGAAAGGUAGAAGACAAGUUCAGAGACCAUCAGGAUGCCGGAAGUUUAAAGUCAGAAGACACCCCACCAGGUGGCUUUUUUAAUGGUAGUUCAUCCUCUCGUGACUCAGACAGAAAAGAGUCACUCUUUAGCUUUGAAUUUGGUGCUACAGGAGAGGCUGAAGACAAGUCCAGAGAACGCCGGGAUGCUGGGAAUUCAAGGUCAGAAGACAGCCCAGCAGAUAGCACCAACACACAAUAUGGUGCUGGCAUUAGUAGCAGUGGUGCCUCUCUGAAUAUGGGAUUUGGUUGGGGGAAGUCUGAUGAAAAGGGAUUGGAAGUCGGUAGAGCUGAUGGGAGUGAAACUAGAGGCAGUGGAUCUGCUGGGGGUGAAACCAUAGUCUUUGGAUCUGAUGCAGGUAGCUCAGUUGGAACUGGUUAUUCUGGUUUGAAACUUGGAGCAGGGAAAGGUGAUGUUGCAUUUGGUUUUGCAGUUUCUGAUUCAAAUUCAUUUGGUGACAGUGGCAUUAGUAGCAAAACAGUUGAAGGAAAUCAAAUGAGUAGUUCUGGAGGAUCUGUUUCCAUUGAUCUAGGUGAUACCAGUUUAAGAAGUGAGAAUCAAUUUGUUGGUGGUGGCUCUCGAAAUUCGAUAUCCAAUUUAUGGGAUUCUGGUCAAGAGGGAUUUGAAAUCAGUGAAAUUGGAGGGAAUGGAAUGAGUGGCAGUGUAUCUGCUGAGGCUGGAUUCAAAGGUUUUGGAUCUGAUGGCAGUAGCUCAGGUGACUCAAGUGCAAGAAAUGGGUUUGAAAAUUCUAGUGAUAUCUCUGAAGAUUCAGGAGUCAUAUUGGGGUCAUCUGAUCAACAUGAAUUUGAAGUCAGUAGAACUGGUGGGAAUAGAAAGAGAAGCAGUGAAUCUGCUGAGGCUGGAAACUUGAGUCCUGGAUCUGAUGUCCGUGACUCAGGAGGAAACACUUAGUCUUCUGGUUCUGGAAGUGGUGGAGGAAGUGUCACAAACUCGUCUGAAUACAGUACAUCUGGACCACUCAAUACUCCAGAAAAAGGAUCCCACAUUCCAGAAGCAACUCCAAAAUACUCAGAAACAAAUGCAAUUAUUGGUGAAGCAUCUACCUGGAGCAAAGGAGCAUAUAAGUCUUUCAAUGGCCGCAUCUUUUUGUUCGAAUCUUCAUGCCCGUACACUUUCUGCCGUCACUGCGUUGAAUCUGGAGGGGAUUUCAAUAUUGAAAUCAAACGAAACAAUGAUAGUGAGACUGAAAAAAUAACAGUUCUAAUUGACAAUAACGACAUCUCUAUUUUUGGUGACACCAUUUUAGUUAAUGGAGAAAGCAUACAGAUACCAUAUAACAAUAAGUUGAUUCACAUUAAAAAAUAUGGAGAAUAUAAUGUUCUGAAUAGCCGUAGAGGAAUCCUGACUUUAAUGUGGGACAAAAAUAACAAGCUCUCACUCACUCUUCACAAGCAAUAUCCAACUUGUGGUCUUUGUGGUAACUUCAACAGCACUCCAGGGGAAGAUAUUAAUGAGCAUAUUGCCAAUAGUAAAAUUCCUGGUGAUUGUCCCAAUGCUGUGGGUAAAAGCUAUGAAGUUUGUGAAGAUGGAAUACAGCACUGUAACAAAAUUAUUGGAACCUACUUUGAGAAAUGUGGAAAGGUUGCCGCUCUAUCCAGUGACUACAAAAUGAUCUGCAUUGAUGAAUACUGCCAAACUAGAGACAAAACAUCUACAUGUGACACUUACUCUGAACUGUCCCGCCUCUGUGCCUCAGAUGGUCCUGGCACCUUUGAAUCCUGGCGAAACGAUUCCGAUGUGGUUUGUGAAACACAUAGAUGUCCAGAAGAACAACAUAUCUACAAAGAAUGUGGACCCUCCAACCCUGCAACUUGUUCUAAUGUGGCUCCUUUUCAAGACAGUGACUGUGUGAGUGGCUGCACCUGCCCAGAAGGUUAUCUGUUGGAUGAUAUUGGAGAGAAACGAAAAUGUGUAUUAAAAGCUGAAUGUCCCUGUGAAUCCAGUGGAAACGUGUAUCAGCCAGGAGAAGUCCGAGAAGGUCCUUGUGGUUCUCAGUGCACAUGCCAAGAUGCAAAAUGGUCUUGCACUGAAGCAUUAUGCCCUGGAAGAUGUAAGGUGGAAGGAAGUUCCCUUACCACCUUUGAUGGUGUUAAGUACAGCUUUCCUGGAAACUGCCACUUCCUGGCCAUUCACAAUGAAGAUUGGUCUAUUAGUGUUGAGCUCCGUCCAUGCCCAAGUGGUCAGACAGGAACGUGCUUAAAUAGCGUUACACUUCUUUUGAGUUCUUCUGUUCCAGUUGACAAAUAUAUAUUCAGCAGUGAUGGAACAGUCACAAAUGACAAGAUUAGAAAUCAAGGUUAUUACUAUUCAGAUAAAAUACAGAUUUUCAAUGCAUCUUCCUCAUAUCUUCAAGUAGAAACAUACUUUCAUGUAAAACUACAAAUACAAAUUGUUCCUGUGAUGCAAUUAUAUGUUUCUAUGCCACCCAACCAAUUCACAGACACUGUGGGACUCUGCGGUUCCUACAACAACAAAGCAGAGGAUGAUUUCAUGUCAAGUCAGAAUAUAUUGGAGAAGACAUCUCAAGCAUUUGCUAAUUCUUGGGAAAUGAUGUCCUGUCCUAAAGGAAACCCCUCUUCAUGUAUUAGUAUAGAAAAAGAAAAGUUUGCUGAAAGGCACUGUGGAAUUCUUCUUAAUUCAAGUGGGCCUUUUGCUUCCUGCCACCCAAUUGUGAACCCUAAACACUAUCAUGAGGAAUGCAAAAAAUAUACUUGCUCUUGUGAAAACAGUCAAGACUGCCUAUGUACAAUUUUAGGCAACUAUGUGAAAGCGUGUGCUGAGAAGGAAACAUACAUAGUAGAAUGGAGAACUGGCCUAUGUGAACAUUCUUGUCCAAGUGGACUAGUUUUCAAGUACAAUGUAAAAGCCUGUAAUAGUUCUUGCCGAUCAUUGUCAGAGAGAGAUAGGAGCUGUGAUGUAGAAGAUGUUCCAGUUGAUGGAUGCACCUGCCCUGAUGAAAUGUACCAGAAUAAUGAAGGAAAUUGUGUACUGAAAUCUCAGUGUGACUGCUACAUAAAUGACGAGGUCAUGCAACCAGGCAAACUCAUCCAUAUUGAUGACAAUAAAUGUGUCUGUCGGGAUGGAAUUCUUCUUUGCCAGAUUCCCAUUGAUUUAACCCUACAAAAUUGUUCUGGAGGGGCUGAGUAUGUAGACUGCAGGGAUCCCAAGGCACAGAGAAGAACCGACAGAACAUGCAGUACUCGGAACAUACCUGUUUUUGAUGAGAACUUGCCUUGCAAACGUGGGUGCUUUUGUCCAGAAGGAAUGGUUCGAAAUUCUAAAGGGAUAUGCAUCCUUCCUGAUGACUGUCCAUGCUCUUUUGGUGGACGAGAAUAUGAUGAAGGAAGUGUCACUUCUGUUGGCUGCAAUGAAUGUACCUGCAUUAAAGGGUCUUGGAAUUGUACCCAAAAUGAAUGUCAAACCAUCUGCCACAUCUAUGGGGAAGGUCAUGUUAGAACUUUUGAUGGGAAAAGUUACAGUUUUGACGGUCUCUGCCAGUAUUCAUUUCUUGAGGAUUAUUGUGGUCAUGAAAAUGGCACAUUUCGUAUUUUAACGGAGAGUGUUCCAUGCUGUGAAGAUGGACUAACAUGCUCAAGAAAAAUUAUAGUUUCUUUUCAGGAUCAGAAUGUUGUCUUGCAAGAUGGUAAAGUAACAGCAGUCAAAUCUACAGAAAGUAAGAAAUGUGAACUCAAUACAAAUGCAUACUCCGUACAUACUGUUGGCCUGUACUUAAUUCUGAAAUUUCAAAAUGGAAUAAUCAUGAUUUGGGACAAAAAUACAAGACUGUCUGUUAUUCUGGAUCCCAACUGGAAUGGCAAGGUGUGUGGUCUUUGUGGAAAUAACAAUGGUGAUCUCAAGGAUGAUUUCACAACAAGAUACUCUUCAGUAGCUUCUGGAGCACUGGAAUUUGGGAAUAGUUGGAAAACAAGCCAAGAGUGUUCAGAUACAGUGGCUCAGACUUUCCCAUGUGAUUCAAACCCAUACUGUAAAGCCUGGGCUGUGCGAAAAUGUGAGAUCCUCAGAGACAGCACCUUCAGAGACUGCCACAGCAAGGUUGACCCCAGUGCUUACUAUGAUGCAUGCAUUGAAGAAGCCUGUGCAUGUGACAUGGAGGGGAAGUACCUGGGAUUCUGCACUGCCGUGGCUAUGUACGCAGAGGCGUGUAGUGCAGUUGGAGUUUGUGUCUCAUGGAGAAAACCAAAUCUGUGUCCUGUCUACUGUGAUUAUUACAAUGCACCUGGGGAAUGCAGAUGGCAUUAUGAACCUUGUGGCACAGUGACUGCAAAAACAUGCAAAGAUCAGGUCAUUGGCCAGAAGUUUUCUUCACUUUUAGAAGGUUGUUAUGCUAAGUGCCCAGAUAGUGCUCCUUACCUGGAUGAGAACACCAUGAAAUGUGUCAGUUUAUCUGAGUGCAGCUGCUUCUAUAAUGAUAUCAUACCAGCAGGGGAAGUGAUUGAAGAUAAUUGUGGAAGAACAUGCUACUGUAUUGCAGGGCAGUUGGAAUGCAGUGAAACUGCUCCUACCAAUUCAACAUUUGCAGUUUCCACUACAACAGCUACUGCCAUAUUAAGCACCGGAACAGCAAUUACACUGGUUACCAGUAGCCCAGGCAUAGCAGCAUCCAUUCUAGCGAUUACAACAUCAAGCAGUGAAACAACAGGAACUACUCUAGGUCCUCUCACCGAGCCUUUUACUACAGGCAUUACUGAAACUUCAGUUCCCAUCAUCUCAACAUCUGGAAAUGCAGGCACGACAGAAGUAGUGAGCCCCACCGUCACUGGUGCUGCAGGCGUGGCAGGGACAACUGGAGUGUUACCAGGUAUAACCACAGGAGCUGAACAUGGAAAUUUAAGAACAGGAAGCACAGGAGUUUCUGCAGGUUCCACCACUGCCAGCCCUGAAGCCUCAGUCACAACCUCUGAAAGCAGCAAAUCAGGAACUACUGGACCCUCAGUAGGUGGAAAACCUAGAGCCACAAGCAGUGAAGCGACAUCAUCUGAAGGCGUGUCAGGUGGAACAGGACAGUCUCUCGGAUCUACCGCUGGAUCUGACAGUGAAAUCACAGCGAGAACAUCUUUCACUGGUUCCAGCUUACCUGGGAAACUCACUAAGCCAAGCCCAGGCUCACCUGGUCACUUUAGUGGUGGAACAACUGAAGGGGGAAAUGUAGCCACCACUGGAGCUGCUGGUGAAAACACUUCUGGAGCAUCGGGUUCAACAGAAGGGUCCGUGGAAGCCACCACCAGAGCAGGCAGUGGAAACACAGCUGGAACAUCAGGUACUAGGGCCACUGGUCCUGGAAACACAGCAGUCUCAGGCACACCUGUGGUAUCACCUGGAGCAGCAACUCCUGGAGCUCCAGGUACCAGCACCCCUGGGGAAGCAGGCAUUGGGGCCACCAGUUUUGGAAAAUCAGGGACCCCGACAGUAUCUGCUGCUUCAACUACCAGUAGCCCUGUGAGUAAACACAUCGAUGCAGCCUCAGCCACAGCAGUGACAAUCUCUGGCAGCAAACCAGGUACACCUGGAACACCAGGUGGUACAACUAGUGGAGGUGAAAUUAUAUCUGGGCGGUCCAGCAGUGGUACCACCACAGGCUCUUCAAAUAUACCAGGGGCAACUGGAUCAUCAACUGGGGAGACAGAGACAACUAGACCAUCAGCUAAAGUAACAGGGAAUUAUGGACAAUCAUCUGAAAUACCAGGGACAACUAAAUCAUCAUCUGAUGUUUCAGGGACAUUGGAGCCAUCAGAUAUAACAUCUGGACCAUCAGUUGCAGUGACAAGGACUUCUGAACAAUCGUCAGGAGUCACAGGGACAUCUGAACUAUCACUUGGAGUAUCAGGGACAACUGGGCCAUUAGCUGAAAUAUCAGGGACAACCAGACCAUUAGUUUCAGGAUUAAGGACAACUGUAUCAUUAGCUGGAGGAUCAGGGACAACUGGACCUUCAUCAAGAGAAUCAGUGACAACUAGACCAUUAGCUGAAGGUUCAGGGACAAGUGGACAAUUGGUUACAGGAUCAAGAACACCUGGAUCAUCAGCUACAGAACUAGGUACAACUGUGUCUUUUACUGGAGGAUUAGGUACAAGCAGAUCAUCUGCCAUAGAAAUAGGGACAACUAGACCAUCACCUGAUGGGUCAGGAACAACUGGACCAUCUGUUGUGAGAUCAGGGACAACUAGAUUAUCAGCUGGAGUGACAAGAGCAACUGAAACAUCACCUAGAGUGACAGGAACAACUACACGAUCAGUUGAAGACUCCAGAACAACUGGACCAUCUGUUCUAGUGACAGGAACAACUGGACAAUCAGGCCAAGGAUCAGGGACAACUGGAAAAUCUAUUAUAGAAUCAGGACCAUCUCUUGUAGGAUCAGGGACAAAUGGGCCAACAUCUGCAGGAUUAGGAACAACUGCACCAUCAGCCAGAAGAUCAGGUACCACAAGACCAUCAGUUGGAGGAACUGGGACAAAUGGACAAUCAGGUGCAGAAUCAGGAACAACUGAACCAUCAGCUAGAGUGACAGAUGUAACUGGAACAUCAGCUGAAGUAUCAGGAAGAAUUGAACCAUCAGCUACAGGAUCAGGUACAAGUAGACCACUAGGUGAAACAGCAGGUACAACUGUACCAUCAGUGGAAGGAUCAGAGGCAACUGGACCAUCUGUCAUUAGAUCAGAAACAACUAGACUAUCAGUUAUAGGAUCAGGGACAACUGGAACUUCAACUGGAAUUUCAGGUGCAACAAGAUCAUCGGGUGGGGGAAUGGGGACAACUGGACAAUCAACUGCAAGAUCAGAAACAACUGGACCACUUUUUGGAUUGACAGGAACAUUUGGACAAUCCUCUACAGUGACUGGGACAUCUUCAAAUUCAGCUGGAGUAACAACAUCUGAAAAAUCACCUGGAGUGGCAAUGACAACAGGACUAUUGGGUGAAGGGUCAGCUACAACUCGACCACCUCUUUUAGAAUCAGAGACCACUGAAUCAUCAGCUGGAGUGACAAUGACAUCUGGACAAUCAGCCAGAGUGACUGGGGCAACUGGACCAUCAGCUGGAGAGAUGGGAACAACUGGACCAUCAACUGAAGGAUCAAUUGCAACUGUACCAUUUAUUAUUGGAUCAGAAACAACUAGACCAUUAUAUAUAGGAUCAGGGACAACUGGAACUUUAUCUGGAGGUUCAAAUACAACAAGAACAUCAGUUGGAGCAACAGGGACAACCAGAAAAUCAACUGCAAGAUCAGAAACAACUGGACCCCUUUCUGGAUUGACAGGAACAUAUGGGCAAUUGGCUGGAGUCACUGGGACAUCUUCAAAAUCAGCUGGAGUAACAGUGACAUCUGAAAAAUCAGCUGGAGUUGCAGUGACAACAGGAUCAUUUGUUGAAGGAUCAGUCACAACUGGACCACCUCUUUUAGAAUCAGAGACAACUAGACCAUCAGGUGGAGUGACAGUGACAUCUGGACAAUCAGCCAGAGUGACUGAAACAGUUGGAGCAUCAGCUGGAGUGAUAGGAACAACUGGACCAUCAACUGAAGGAUCAGGGGCAACUGGACCAUCCAUUGUGGGAUCAGGAACAGCUAGACCAUUCGCUGGUGAAUUAGGUACAACUGAAUCAUCAGCUGGAGUGACAGGGAUAAGGCCAUCAUCAGGAGGAUCAGGGACAACUGAGUCAUCAUCAAGAGAAUCAGCAACAACUGGACCAUCAGAUGAAGGAUCAGGAACAACUGGACUAUCACCUGGAGUGACAGUGACAUCUGGACAAUCAGCUAGAAAGACUGAGACAACUGGAGCACCAGCUGGAGUUACAGAAACAACGAGACCAUCUGUUGUCAAAUCAGGGACAACUGGACCAUCUGUUACAGGAACAAGGACAACUGUAACUUCAUCUGGAGAAUCAGGCACAAGAUCAUCAGGUGGAGAAACAGAGACAACUGGCCAAUCAGCUGUAAAAUCAGGGACAGCAGAAUCAUUUACUGGGUUGACAAGAACAUCUGGGCAAUCUGCUGGAAUGACUGUGACAUCUGCACAAUCAGCUGGAGUGUCACUAACAGGUCAUUUUGUUGAAGGAUUAGUGACAACUGGAUCAUCUACUGUAAGAUUAGAGACAACUAGACCUUCAGCUGUAGGAUCAGGAACAACUGGACCUGCUGUUGUAAAAGCACAGACAGUUGGACCAUCAGCUGGAGUAACAGUGACAUCUGGACAAUCAGCUAGAAUGACUGGGGCAACUGGACCAUCAGUAGGAGAGACAGGAACAACUGGACAAGCAAGUAAAGGAUUAGGGACAAUUAGACCAUCUGUUGUAGGAUUAGAGACUACUGAACCAUUACCUGAAGGAUCAGGGACAACUGGACCACCUAUUGUAGGAGAGACAACUGUACCAUCAGCUAGAGUGACAGUUACAUCUGGAUACUCAGAUAGAGUGACUGGGGCAACUGAACCAUUGGCUGGAGUAACAGGAACCACUAAACAAUCUGUUGUAGGAUCAGUGGCAACUGGACCAUCAGUUAUAGGAGUAGAGACAACUGUAAAAACUUCAUCUGGAGGAUUAAGUACAACCACAUCAUCAGUUGGAGGAACAGGGACCACUGGACAAUCAUCUGAAAGAUCAGGGGCAACAGGACCAUUUACUGGAUUGACAGGGACAUCUGCACAAUCAGCUGGGGUGACAAUGACAUCUGCCCAAUCAGCUGGAGUGGUAGUAACAACAGAACUAAAUGUUGAUGGCUCAGGGACAACUGGAAAAUCUCUUAUAGGAUCAGGAACAACUGGAUUAUCAGCUGAAGCUAUAGGGACAACUGGACCAUCAACUGAAGGAUUAGAGAAAACUGGACCAUCUAUUACUGGAUCAGGAACAACCAUACCAUUAGUUACAGAAUCAUGGAAAACUGGAACUUCAUCUGGAGGACAGGGUACAACGAGUCCAUUAGUUAGAGGAAUAGAGACAACUGGACAAUCAGUUUCAGGAUCAGUGACAACAGGGCCAGUUAUAGGAUUGACAGAAAACUCUGGUCCAUCAGCUGGAAUGACAGUGACACCUAGACAAUCACCUACAGUGACUCAGACAACUGGGUCUUCAGCUGCAAUAUCAGGAACCACUGUACAAUCUCUUACAGUAUCAGGGACAGUUAGACCAUCAUCUGGACAAACAGAAAAAACUGGAUCAUCAGUUGAAAAAUCAGGGACAACUGAGCCAUCAGCUGUAAGGUCAGGGACUACUGGACCAACAGCUGGAGUGAAACAUACAAAUGGGCCAUCAUCAGGUGGAGUGACAGGGAUAACUGGAUCAUCACCUGGAGUGACAGGGAUAACUGGAUCAUCUGCAAGAUCAGGGACAAGUAUCCCAUCUGCUGGAAAAACAGGAACAACUAGAAUAUCAGUUGAAGAAUCAAGGACAACUGGACCAUCAGCUGGAAUAACAGGUACAAAUGGACUAUCAGCUGGAGUGACAGGGACAACUGGAUCAUCAGCUGGAGUGACAGGGAAAACUGGACCAUCAGCUAGCAGGACAGGGACAACUGGACUGUCAGCUGGGGUGACAGGGAUAACUGAAUUAUCAGCAGAAGUGACAGGGACAACUGGACUAUCACCUGAGGUGAGAGGGAAAACUGGAUCAUCAGCAGGAGGGACAGGAACAACUGGACCAUCAGCAGAAGUGACAGGAAAAACUGGACUAUCAGCUGGAGUGAUGGGGACAACUAGUCCAUCAACUGAAGUGACAGGGCUACCUGUAGUAUCAACUGGGGUGACAGGGACAAUUGGAUCACCAGCUGGAGUGACAGGGACAACUGCAGUAUCAGCUGGAGUAACAGGGACAACUGGACUAUCAGCUGAAGUGACAGAGAUAACUGGACUAUCAGCUGGGGUGACAGGGACAACUGGACUAUCUGCUGGUGUGACAGAGACAAUUGGACUAUCAACUGGGAUGACAGGGACAAUUGGAUCAUCAGCUGGAGUGGCAGGGACAAGAAGACUAUCAGCUGAAGUGACAGGGACAACUGGACAGUCAACUGGUGUGACAGGGUCAACUGGACUGUCAUCUGGGGUGACAGGGACAACUGGACAGUCAGUUGAAGUGACAGGGACAACUGGACAAUCUGUUGGGGUGACAGGGACAGCUAGAUCAUCAGCUGGAGUGACAGGGAUAAUUGGACUAUCAGCUGGACUGACAGGGACAAGUGGACUAUCAGCUGGGGUCACAGGGACAACUAGACAGUCAGCUGGUGUGACAGGGUCAACUGGACAGUCAGCUGAAGUGACAGGGACAACUGAACAAUCUGUUGGAGUGACAGGGACAACUAGAUCAUCAACUGGAGAGACAGGGAUAACUGGACUAUCAGCUGGAGUGACAGGGACAAGUGGACUAUCAGCUGGGGUGACAGGGAUAACUGGACUAUCAGCUGAGGUGAUGGAGACAACUGGACAGUCAGAUGAAGUGACAGGGACAACUGGACAAUCUGUUGGAGUGACAGGGACAACUAGAUCAUCAGCUGGAGUGACAGGGACAACUGGACUAUCAGCUGAAGUGAUAGGGACAACUGAACAAUCUGUUGGAGUGACAGGGACAACUAGAUCAUCAACUGGAGUGACAGGGACAACUGGACUAUCGGCUGAAGUGACAGGAACAACUGGACCAUCAGCUGAGGUGACAAGGACAACUGGACUAUCAGCUAGAGUGACAGGGACGACUGGACAAUCUGUUGGAGUGACAGGGACAACUAGAUCAUCAAUUGGAGUGACAGGGAUAACUGGACUAUCAACUGGAGUGACAGGGACAAGUGGACUACCAGCUGGGGUGACAAGGAUAACUGGACUAUCAGCUGGGGUAACAGGGACAACUGCAGUGACAGGGACAAUUGGAUCACCAGUCGGAGUGACAGGGACAACUGGACUAUCAGCUGAAGCAACAGGGACAACCAGACCAUCAGCUGAGGUGACAGGGACAACCAGAGUAUCAGCUGGGGUGACAGGGAUAACUGGACUAUCAGUUGGGGUGACAGGGACAACUGAAUCAUUAGCUGGGGUGACAGAGAUAACUGGAUCAUCAACUGGGGUGACAGGGAAAACUGGAUUAUCAGCUGGAGUGACAGGGACAACUACAGUAUCAGCUGGAGUAACAGGGACAACUGGACUAUCAGCUGGGGUGACAGGGACAACUGGACUAUCUGCUGGGGUGACAGAGACAAUUGGACUAUCAACUGAGGUAAGAGAGACAAUUAGAUCAUCAACUGGAGUGACAGCAACAACUGGACAAUCACCUGGUGUGACAGGAUCAACUGGACAGGCAUCUGAAGUGACAGGGACAACUAGGCAAUCUAUUGGAGUCACAGGGACAGCUAGAUCAUCAGCUGGAGUGAUAGGGAUAACUGGACUAUCAGCUGGACUGACAGGGACAAGUGGACUAUCAGCUGGGGUGACAGGGAUAACUGGACUAUCAGCUGAAGUGACAGGGACAACUGGACUAUCAGCUGAAGUGACAGGGACAACUGGACUGUCAACUGGGGUGACAAGGACAACUGGACAGUCAGCUGAAGUGACAGGGACAAUAAGACAAUAUGUUGGAGUAACAGGGACAGCUAGAUCAUCAGCUGGAGUGACAGGGAUAACUGGACUAUCAGCUGGAGUGACAGGGACAAGUGGACUAUCAGUGGGGGUGACAGGGAUAACUGAAUUAUCAGCAGAAGGGACAGGGACAACUGAACUGUCAUCUGAGAAGACAGGGAAAACUGGAUCAUCAGCCAGAGUGACAGGAACAACUGGAUCAUCAGCAGAAGUGACAGGAGAAACUGGACUGUCAGUUGGAGUGACGGGGACAACUGGCCCAUCAGCUGAAGCGACAGGGCUACCUGUAGUAUCAGCUGGGGUGACGGGGACAAUUGGAUCACCAGCUGGAGUGACAGGGACAACUCAGCUAUCAACUGUGGUGACAGGGAUAACUGGACUAUCAACUGAGGUGACAGGGACAACUGGACUAUCUGCUGGGCUGACAGAGAAAAUUGGACUAUCAACUGAGGUGACAGGCACAAGUGUAUCAUCAGCUGGAGUGACAGGGACAACAAGACUGUCAGCUGGAAUGACAGGGACAACUGGACAGUCAGCUGGUGUGACAGGGUCAACUGGACUAUCAGCUGGGGUGACAGGGACAACUGGACAGUCAGUUGAAGUGACAGGGACAACUGGACAAUUGGUUGGCAUGACAGGGACAGCUAGAUCAUCAGCUGGAGUGACAGGGAAAACUGGACUAUCAGCUGGAGUGACAGGGACAAGUGGACUAUCAGCUGUGGUGACAGGAAUAACUGGACUAUCAGCUGAGGUGACAGGGACAACUGGAUUAUCAACUGGGGUGAGAGGGACAACUAGACAGUCAGUUGGUGUGACAGGGUCAACUAGACUAUCAGCUGAGGUGACAGGGACAACUGGGCAGUCAUCUGAAGUGACAGGGACAACUGGACAAUCUGUUAGAGUGACAGAGACAACUAGAUCAUCAACUGGAGUGACAGGGAUAACUGGACUAUCAGCUAGAGUGACAGGGACAAGUGGACUAUCAGCUGUAGUGACAGGGAAAACUGGACCAUCAGCUGGGGUGGCGGAGACAACCGGACAGUCAGCUGAAGUGACAAGGACAACUGAACAAUCAGCUGCAGUGACAGGGACAAUUGAAUCACCAGUUGGAGUGACAGGGACAACUGGACUAUCAGCUGAAGCAACAGGGGCAAGCAGACCAUCAGCUGAGGUGACAGGGACAACCAGAGUAUCAGCUGGGGUGACAGGGAUAACUGGACUAUCAACUGGAGUGACAGGGACAACUGGACCAUCAGCUGAAGAGACAGGGGCAACUGGCCCAUCAGCAGAAGUGACAAGGACAACUGGACCAUUGGCUGGAGUGACAGGGAUAACUGAACUAUCAGCAGAAGUGAUACGGACAACUGGACUAUCAACUGAGGUGACAGGGAAAACUGGAUCAUCAGCAGGAGUGACAGGAAUAACUGGACCAUCAGCAGAAGUGACAGGGAAAACUGGGCUAUCAGCUGGAGUGAUGGGGACAACUGGACCAUCAGUUGAAGUGACAGGGACAACUGGAUCAUCAGCUGGAGUGACAGGGACAACUGGGCCAUCAGCUGGAGUGACAGGGACAAGUGAGCUAUCAGCUGCAGUGGCAGGGACAACUGGCCCAUCAGCUGAAGCAACAGGGCUACCUGUAGUAUCAGCUGGGGUGACAGGGACAAUUGGAUCACCAGCUGGAGUGACAGGGACAACUCGGCUAUCAGCUGUGGUGACAGGGAUAACUGGACUAUCAACCGAGGUGACAGGGACAACUGGACUAUCAGCUGGGGUGACAGGGAUAGCUGGACUCUCAGCUGGGGUGACAGGGAUAACUGGACUAUCAGCUGGGGUGACAGAGACAACAGAACAAUCAGCUGAAGUGUCAGGGACAACUGGACAAUCUGUUGGAGUGACAGGGACAACUAGAUCAUCAACUGGAGUGACAGGGACAAUUGGACUACCAGCUGGGGUGACAGGGACAACUGAACAGUCAGCUGAAGUGACAGGGACAACUGGACAAUCUGUUGGAGUGACAGGGAAAACUAGAUCAUCAAUUGGAGUGACAGGGACAAGUGGACUAUCAGCUGGGGUGACAGGGAUAACUGUACUACCAGCUGGGAUUACAGGGACAACUGGACAGUCAGCUGAAGUGACAGGGACAACUGGACAAUCUGUUGGAGUGACAGGGGCAACUAGAUCAUCAGUUGGUGUGACAGGGACAAUUGGAUCACCAGCUGGAGUGACAGGGGCAACUGUUUCAUCUGCAAGAUUAGAGACAAGUAUACCAUUAACUGGAAAAACAGUAACAACUAGAACAUCAAUUGAAGAAUCAGUGACAACUGGACCAUCAGCUGGAAUAACAGGUACAAAUGGACUAUCAGCUGAAGCGACAGGGACAAAGGAAAUACCAGCUGGGGUGACAGGAACAACUGGACAGUCAGCUGAAGUGACAGGGAUAGCUGGACAAUCUGUUGGAGUGACAGGGGCAACUAGAUCAUCAGCUGGAGUGACAGGGACAAUUGGAUCAUCAGCUGGAGUGACAGGGACAAUUGGAUCACCAGCUGGAGUGACAGGGACAACUCAGCUAUCAGCUGUGGUGACAGGGAUAACUGGAAUAUCAGCUGAGUUGACAGAGAUAACUGGACUAUCAACUGGGAUGACAGGGAUAACUGGACCAUCAGCUGGAGUGACAGGGACAACUACAGUAUCAGCUGGAGUAACAGGGACAACUGGACCAUCAACUGAAGUGACAGGGAUAACUGGACUAUCAGCUGGGGUGACAGGGACAACUGGACUAUCUGCUGGGGUGAGAGAGACGAUUGGUCUAUCAACUGGGGUGACAGGGACAAUUGGAUCAUCAACUGGAGUGGCAGGGACAACAAGACUACCAGCUGGAGUGACAGGGACAACUGGACCAUCAGCUGGUGUAACGGGGUCAACUGGACUAUCAGCUGGUGUGACAGGGACAACUGGACAGUCAGCUGAAGUGACAGGGACAACUGGACAAUCUGUAGUGACAGGGACAACUGGACUAUCAGUUGGGGUGAUAGGGACUACCAGAUCAUUAGCUGGGGUGACAGGGACAACUGGACCAUCAGCUGGAGUGACAGGGACAACUGGACCAUCAGCUGGAGUGACGGGGACAACUGGACCUACAACUGGAGUGCCUGCUGCAACUCCCCCAGGAGCUGAAGGUGAAAGCAUAGCUUCCACAUCAGUUGCCACGGGAGCCAUCCCUGGGUCAACAAUUGCACCAGGAAGUACCACUACUGGUACCACUGGGGUAACCACUGGCACAACUCUUGCCCCUAGAAGUUCUAGCACAGGAACUUUUGGUAGUAUUUCUGGGAAAACUCUCAAACCUGGAACUUAUGUCUCAGAGGCUACAACUGCUACAGGGACUCCUGGAACAGGACUGUCAGGAGGCACCACUAUCAUUUCUUCUGAAGUUAGUACCAGUUCAGAAGUUUCCAACACAGAUAUCACUAGUGUAGGCUCUGAGACAUCUGUUGAAACAGGAAUUUCCAACACAGCUACGACUGGGGUGGCUCCUGGCCCAACCCUUGCCCCUGGCAGUUCCAGGACAGAAGCCACAACUUCCUUAGGAGGAAGUACAUCAACAAGAGGUGGAAUAGCCACAGAAGCCACAGGUUCCUCAAGAGGGGUCAGGACCACUGGAUCAGAAGCUCCAGGAGGUACUUCUGGAGAAUUAUCUGGGACAACCAUUUCAUCUGGAGGCUUCCACACAGGUACCACAACUCUCACAGGAGGUAGGGGCAGUACUGGAACUGAAUCCAGAGCAGAGUCCACAACUUCCCUACAAGAAAGUGCAAAGACAAGAGGUGGAAUAGCGACAGAGGCCGCAAGUUCCACAGGAGGGGUCAGAGCCACUGGAACAGAAGCUCCAGGAGGUACCUCUGGUAAAUUCUCUGGGACAACCAUUUCAUCUGGAGGUUCCCACACAGAGGCCACAACUCUCGCAGGUGGCAGAGGCAACACUGAAAGUGAAUUCAGAACAGCCACCACUGGGGUAGUUCCUGCCACAACUGUUGCCCCUGGCCGUUCCAAGACAGAGGCCACCACUUUCCUAAGAGUAAGUGGAACAACAAGUGUUGGAAGAGCCACGGGGGCCACAGCUUCCAUGGUAGGGGGUGACACCAGCCAAGCAAAACGUCCAGGAGGUGACACUUUUACUCUUCUCAUUUUAUGUACUUCCGGUGAAUUCCCAGGAACAACCAUUACAUCUGGAGAUUUCCACACAGGGACCACAGCUGUGACAGGAAGCAGGGGCAGUAUUGGAACUGAAUCCAUAGCAGAGACCACAACAUACAUUAGAGGAAGUGGGACCACAAGAAGUGGAUUAGCCACAGCUACCACUGGGGCAUUCUCUGGAAAGACUCUGGAACCUGGGAAUGACAACACAGAGGCCACAAGUUCCACAGGAGGGGUCAGGGCCACCAGAUCAGAAGCUCCAGGAGGUACCUCUGGUGAAUUCCCAGGGACAACAUUUACAUCUGGAGGUUCCCACACAGAGGCCACAACUUUCACAGGAGGCAGGGGCAGUAAAGGAACUGAAUCCAGAGCAGCCACCACCAGGGCAGCUCCUGGCACAACUCUUGCCCCUGGCAGUUCCAACACAGAGGCCACAGCUUCCCUAGGUGGAAGUACAACGACAAGAGGUAGAAUAACCACUGCUACCACUGGGGCAUUCUCUGGAAAGACUCUGGAACCUGGGAAUGACAACACAGAGGCCACAAGUUCCACAGGAGGGGUCAGGGUCACUGGGUCAGAAGCUCCAGGAGGUACUCCUGGUGAAUUCCCUGGGACAACAAUUACAUCUGGAGGUUCCCACACAGCCACCACUACGGCAGUUUCUGCCACAACUCUUGCCCCUGGCAGUUCCAACACGGGGGCCACAGCUUUCCUAGGUGGAAGUGCAAAAACAAGAGGUGGAAUAACCACUGCUACCACUGGGGCAUUCUCUGGAAAGACUCUGGAACCUGGGAACGACAACACAGAGGCCACAAGUUCCACAGGAGGGGUCAGGACCACCAGAUCAGAAGUUCCAGGAAAGGCCACAACUCUCACAGAAGACAGGAACGGUACCAGAAGUGAAUCCAAAACAGCCACCACUGGGGUAGUUCCUGCCACAACUGUUGCCCCUGGCCGUUCCAAGACAGAGGCCACCACUUUCCUAAGAGUAAGUGGAACAAGCAGCAUUGGAAGAGCCACAGGCACCACAACUUCCAUAGUAGGGGGUGACACCAGCCAAGCAGAACGUCCAGGAGGUACAACUGUGGUUUCACCUCGAGUCAGCAGCAGUUCACAGAGCUCCAGACCAGGUACCUCUGUCACACCAGAGAGCUCAGCAUCUGAAAGUGAAACAGUUACUACAGAAGAAUUCUCUGGGACAAUUGCUAUAUCUAGAAUGUCCCACACUGGCACCACGGCAGCCUCAGGAGGCCAAGCAACUGGGAGCCUGACCACCACCACUGGGGUAGCCCCUGGCACAACUGUUGCACCUGGCAGUUCCAACACAGAGGCCACUACUUCUGUAGGAGAAAGAGAAACAACAAAAGCUGAAAUAAUCACAGGUACUACUGAGGGCAUCUCUGGGAAAUCUGUGGAAGCUGGAAGUGCCCACACAGAGGCCACAACUUUCCCAGGAGGCAGUGGGACCACCCAAGUAGGACCACCUGGAGGUUCCAAUGUGGUAACCACUGGAAAAAUUCUUACACAUGAAAAUCUAAUACUUAAAGAAAUAAAUAAUGAUGAUAAUAAGACCACAGCUUCCCUAGGAGGAAGUGGUACCACCGGAGCAGGAAUAAAAUCAGCUGCAGUUCCUUCUGGUACAACAGUUGCCCCUGGGAGCUCCAACUCAGAAGCUACAACUUCUGUAGGAGAAAAUGGAAAAACAAGUGGCGAAAUAAUCACAGGUACUACUGAGGGCACCUCUGGCAAAAUUCUGGAACCUGGAAGUGCUCACACAGAGGCCACAACUUUCCCAGGAGGCAGCGGGACCACCCGAGCAGGACCACCAGGAGGUACCACUGGAGAAUUGUCUGGAACGACCAUUAUAUCUGGAAGUUCUAACACAGAGGCCACAACUUCCACAAAAGGGACUGGUACUUCUGGAACUGGCUUCAAAACUGAGAUAUAAUGUGUUUCGGGUACCUCUGGGGUGGCACCUGGCACAACAGUUGCCCCUGAAAGUUUCAGCACAGCCACAAUUUCUCCUGGAGCAAGUAGAACCACUGGGGCUGGACCUGCUGAAGAAACCACAAUUUCCCUAGGAGGAGGUGGUACCACUGGAGCAGAAAUAAAAUCAGGAGCCACCUCUGGAGCACCAGGAAGUAAGACAGGCACAGCUGGAGUGCCCUCUGUGACAACAGUUGCCCCUGGAAGCUCUAACUCAGAGGCCAUGACUGCUUUAAGAGAAAGUGGAAAAACAAGAGCUGAAAUAACCACAGGUACUACUGAGGGCAAAACUCUGUCAGCUGGAAGUACCCACACAGAGGCCACAACUUUCUCAGGAGGCAGCGGGACCACCCGAGCAGGACCACCAGGAGGCACUUAUGGCAUAUCAGGGGGAUAUGUCCCUGGAAGGGAAACAGAGCCCACAACUUCCAUUGAAGAGACUGGUCCUUCCAGAACUGUAUUCAAAACUGUAGGCAUCACUUCAGUCCCAGGGAGGCAAGCAGGCACCUCUGUCGUGGCACCUGGCACAACAGUUGCCCCCGGAAGUUUCAGCACAGCAGCCACAACUUCUCCUGGAGCAAGUGGAAUGACUGGGGUUAGAACCACUUCGAAGACUACAACUUCCCUAGGUAGAAUUGGCACCACUAGAACUGAAAUAAAAUCAGGAGCCACCACUGGAGCACCAGGAAGUAAGACAGGUAUCAUGGGAGAAUCUUCUAGAACGACCAUUAUAUCUGGAAGUUCUAACACAGAGGCCACAACUUCCAUUGAAGAGACUGGUACUUCUGGAACUGGAUUCAAAACUGCAGGCAUCACUGCAGCAGCACCAGGAAAGCAAGCAGGCACCUCUGGGGUGGCACCUGGCACAACAGUUGCUCCUGGAAGUUUCAGCACAGCAGCUACAACUUCUCCUGGAGCAAGCAGAGUGACUGGCACUGGACCCACUGCAGAGACCACAAUUUUCCUAGCAGGAAGUAGCACCACUGGAGCAGAAAUAAAAUCAGGAGCCAUGACCAAAGCACCAGGAAGUAAGACAGGCACAGCUAGAGUGCCCUCUGGUACAACAGUCACCCCUGGGAGCUCCAACUCAGAGGCUACAACAUUUUCUAGAAUCACUGAAGCAGUAACAGUCUCAGGAUCCAUGACCACUGCACUGGGGAGCCAACUCUCCAGCAGUCAAACAGUGAUUCUAGGUUCCAGUGGCAUCAUCUCUCACACAACUGUUGCACCUGGAAGUUCUGUUAUAGGAAUCACCUCUGAUGCAUCAGACAAUCAAGUCACUGGAAGUGAAAUGGGCACUACUGGUGUAGCCUUGAGCACAGCUGUUGCACCUGGAAGUUCCAGUACAGAAGCCACAACUUCCCCAGGAGUCCACAGAACCACUGUAGUGGGAUGGAAGACAGGUGAGAAUUAAUGAGCUACCACUAGAGGGUCAGCAAACCAAGGAACUGGAAGCACAAUAGAAGCUAUGACGUCCUUUAGAGGCACUGGGACCACAGGAAGUGGAAUGAAUACAGGUACUACUGGAGUGGUCUCUGGCAACACCAUCUCACCUAGCAGUUUCAACACAGAAGCUACCAGUGGCACAUCUGGGAGGUCAAACCCUGGAAGUGAAAUAGGCACCACUGGUAUAGUCUCUGGCACAACAGUUGCAUCUGGAAGUUCCAACACAGAAGCCACAACUUCUUUGGGCAAUGGUGGAACCACUGAGGCUGGAAGUAAAAUAGUUACCACUGGGAUAACUACUGGCACAACCAUUGUAUCUGGGAGUUCCAACACAAAGGCUACGACUUCUAGAGACAUUGGAGUUGCCACUGGAGUUGGAAUGGCAACUGGGGUCACCAACAUAAUUUCAGGGAGAAGCCAACCUACUGAAAGUAAAACAGGCUACACUGUGAUAGGCUCUGGGACAACAGCCUUACCUGGAGGUUUCAGAACAGGCAAUACCCCAGGAUCAACAGGAGUCACCAGCAGCCAAGAAGACACCACUGUAGUAUCAAACGGAAUCACUGGAAUCCCAGAAACUUCCAUCGCAGGUCCUUCCAAGGAAGCAUCUGACGAAACCGCUGCUCCUGGACCUCCUACCACAGUCACUGCUUCCACAGGAGUCAAAAUAACUUCUGGAACUGGAGUGCAAACAGGCUCCACCUUGGUUCCAUCUGGAGUGCCAACAAGACCACAAGUAUCCCAGUCAGAAACCACUGUUGUGGCAACCAGAGAAGUAGAAACUGAAAAUAAAACAGAAUGUCUAGCCUCACUUCCACCAGCUCCAGUUUGUCACGGUCCACUGGGAGAAGAGAAAUCUCCUGGAGACAUAUGGACUGCCAAUUGCCACAGAUGUACCUGUACUGAUGCAAAGACUAUAGACUGUAAACCUGAGGAGUGCCCUUCUCCACCCACAUGCAAAACCGGUGAAAAGCUUGUGAAGUUCCAAUAUAAUGACACCUGCUGUGAAAUCGGAUACUGUGAACCAAGAACAUGUUUAUUUAACAAUACUGACUAUGAGAUUGGUGCUUCAUUCGAUGACCCCAGCAACCCCUGUGUCUCCUAUUCCUGCAAAGACACUGGCUUUGCUGCAGUAGUCCAAGACUGCCCAAAGCAGACCUGGUGUGCAGAAGUAAACAGAAUCUAUGAUUCAAAAAAAUGUUGCUAUACAUGUAAGAAUAAUUGCACAUCUUCCCUUGUGAAUGUGACUGUUAUCUACAAUGGUUGCAAGAAAAAAGUUCAGAUGGCAAAAUGCGCAGGGGAAUGUGAAAAGACUGUCAAGUACAAUUAUGAUAUCUUACUCUUGGAACAUUCAUGUCUUUGCUGCCGAGAAGAAAACUAUGAACUCAGAGACAUUGUACUUGACUGUCCUGAUGGGAGUACAAUCCCUUACGAAUACAGGCACAUCACAACCUGCUCUUGUUUAGACAUAUGCCAACCAUAUACGACUUCCAUGUACAGUUAA